CCGGAUGAGCGGCAUCGGAAACGCUUCACGAGAGAAAGGCGGACCUCCUCUACUGUCCUUUCUUUGAAACUUUAUUUUUUAACAAUUGCCUGCACUCUAUAAGUACCAGGUGUUCAAUUUAGAAAAUUAUUUAAUUCAUGUAACGCUGCAAAUUUUAUAGACGUCUUUCCCUUUACUACUGAGAGAUCUGUCAAGCAUUGCUUGCCCUGAGAGAAGUUUGACAGCUGCCUUUUUCAACAGGGAAGCCGCAGUGAACUGUUGAACACAAGAAAAUGGGGGAUAAAGAAUUGAUGUGGGCCUUGAAAAAUGGAGACCUGGACGAGGUUAAGACCCUAAUGAAGGAUGAGGAUGUGAACAGGACCCUGGAGGGUGGCAGGAAGCCCCUGCACUAUGCUGCUGACUGUGGCCAGGCUGAGAUGCUGGAGUUCCUCCUCUCCAAGGGAGCAGAUGUCAACGCCCCAGACAAACAUGGUAUCACUCCGCUGCUCUCUGCCACGUACGAGGGUCACCUCACCUGUGUCAAGAUCCUGCUAGAAAAGGGAGCUGACAAGGAGCGGAAAGGACCGGACGGCCAGAGCGCCUUCGAAGCCGCCGAGACCGACGCCAUCAAGGCGCUCCUCAAGUGAGACGGGAGCCUAGAAGGGACGGACAGGCGGAUGCAGCAGUGGUCCCCCAGACAGACAAGAUGGACACACCCCUUUCCCCGACCUCUGUCUUUAGCACUGCUUUGUCUGUGUUUUUUGGAUUUCCCUUUUUGUUUUAUUUUUUAAGUUGUAUGGAUUGUCUCUUGCCUCUUCAGUAGCCAUUGAAUGGAUGGACUUGUCAAUCAUGUCUCCCUCAGGGACCAAACACUGAGGGGAAAAGCACCGACUUGGACCCUCCCUGAACACACAAGGAUGCAAUGUAAAAAAUAAAUAGAGCUUAACUCUUAAAUAUGAUCGCUCUCAAGUCCUGUGUGCACUCCUUUCACAAAGAUGUUAGCAGAAAAAAAUGGAGACAUUCAAUAGUGUUCAAUUUUGUGGCCCGUUUUCAAUAUUGUGAGACCACUUGGUUUUAUUCAUCUUCCAAACAUCAGUUGUGCUAGAUGGAGAACGGUUGUAAAGAUGAAUUCUAUUAGCCUAGUAAGAUGGCCUCCUCUUUCCCCUGGCUGUGUACUGUAGCUCUGCUCUGUAGACCUGACUGGCUAACUGUCCAGUGCUUCAACUAGGGGGGUUUGUACUGUAUGACAGGGUAGGUCCUGUUUAGGCCGCUAAUAAUAUUGGUUACCCACUCUAUGUAACCCUCUACUGAUAAUAUAUCACACUAAACAUUAUUGACCAAGGUUACUCUAACGUAUAAUAGCGUAAAUACCCCCUUGACCAAUCACCAUGUUGGCAUUACAAAAUGUAUGUUAAAAAAAAAAGGGAAAAAAAGACGAUUAAUCUGUUACUUAUUAAAACAUUGCUGUGUAGUGAUGGCAUUAUGUCAACAUUGACCAUUAUGCAAUUUAGAAUUGCAUAAUAUUUUUCCCUUUGAGUGAGUUUUGAACAUGUUCUGGUCUGCAAUCCUUUGUUGCCGCGGUCUGUUUUCUAUUAGAUAAAUGGGUGGGUGGCCUCCGAACAGAGGGAUAUACAGGGGUGCAGGGUUCAAACUUUGGAUCGGGGAAAUGAUGGUCCUCUCGCUCUCUGGGUUUGAUUAACCUGCCGGCUCUGCUGCAUGUCAGAAGUGCUUCUACUGCUACGCUCUCAAAUGGCUGCCUGCCUCUUUUGGUUGCUUUCAAAUAAUUACAAUGCAAUGAAAACAAAAUAUAAAACGCUUUCUCUCUGGCAUCGUUGUGAGGAAAAGGCUGUAAAAACUGAAAUAAAAAAUCUUAAAAUGAUU